ACAGACGAAAACCCCGCAGUCGCUUCCAUUUUCUUGCUGCGGCGCAUCGUCCAUGUGGAUGAAUUUGAAGCGCUUCUGCAAUAGCUGCUCGAGCUUGACGCUCGUGUUAUACGCCUCCCUGGACCAAUGCGAGCCGCCUUCGGCAUGUGUGGGAUCGGUGUUGUCGUUUAUGGGGAGGAAGAUGUGGGAAGUGUGACGGAAAUCGGGGAGGGCGCUUUUGAGAGACAUAGGGUCGGGGGUGUGCUGGAGAAGGUAGGACAUGCUUGGGCGUAGUAGAACGAUGUGCGCUUUCGGGUAGCUGCCGAGCUCCUCUCGUUCGAUGUAUCUAAACGGCAGAUGAGUACUAAUGGGCGCUGAGAAGUAACGGGGAAAUGGGCAAGUACUCUUGCCAGAAUGCGAUGGCCUGACGGGCAGCUCGGUGUUAGCCAGCGGACAGUAACAGCUUGAAAGGAAAACUAACGUUAUCGGUGAGCCAGUCGUUCUUGAUAGAAUCGACGUCUGCUU